AUGUCGUCCAACUCUAAGCCGUCCAGGUCGAUCUUCGCAAAGCCACCAGUCAAGAUCAUCGUGGGCAGUGACAAGCGCGUUUACUAUGUCCACCGUGGAACGCUUGAAUUCCACCCCGCAUUCGAUGCCCGGUUGAAGGCGUCAACUGACGAAUACGAGUAUGCGAUUGAUUGGUCUGCUUUUGAUGAGCAGACCGUUGAUUGUGUAUUGAGCUUCCUUUACACUGGAGGGUACCAGGUACCUCAAGCGACCUCUGUGGCAGUUGAGGAAAAUCAGGCAGAUGCGGGGGAAGAGGCCCCAGCGCACGGAGAAGGAGAAGAAGAAGGAGAAGAAGGAGAAGAAGAAGAAGAAGAAGAAGAAGAAGAAGUGGUACUACAUGAGGCAGAAGAAGCGGAUGAAGAUGCCGCCAAUGCAGAACCACCAGCAUCACCAGUUGCAAGGUCACCAUCGCAUGCUUCAUGGCCACCAUCCCCGCCUUCAAGGUCUCCUCCACCACCCGAAAGCCCACAGUCACAAGCUUCAUGGCCAAACUCGCCAGCUCCAAUGUUCGCUGUACCUGCAAGGUCGCCAUCACCAGUUAUCGACUCAUCUAUAGCCCCAGACUCGCCACCAUCCGAGGCCCUAUCCGACUGCGACAUAAAUGACGGGGCCUUGACACCGUUGGAACACUGCGAUGGAGUGACUCUAGCCACAGAGAACGCCUCGGCAUCAAAGGUCUUGGACCAUGAAAGGCAAGAGCAAUAUCAAGAAGAAGAGCCAGAACAAGAAGCCGAGGGAAAUAGCGCUGCUGAGAUUUAUUUCCACGCCAAAGUCUAUUCCUUCGCACGUCAACUCGACUUUGAGAAAUUGGAGCAAUUUUCUCUGAACCGUCUGGCCCAGGUUCUUGUUGCCCUGGAGCAAACCGACAAAGUCCUGUUCCCCUACUUGGUGGAUGCAAUCCGACUGAUCUACCAAACGACCGGUAUUGCGGACGAUGCGAGGAACUUGCUAUCUCAGUUUGUGGCACUGCGAUACACCACGCUGGUUGGUGAGCACCUGGACGAACUUAUCGCAGAGGGAGGGGAGUUUGUGGUCGAUUUGUCGCAUAAGCUUGCCCGGAAGCUGACAAAUAUCUCAAUGGUGUUCAAGAGAGUUGAAUACCUUACUCACAAGAACGAGGAGUUGAAAGCAGGAAGUGCAGAGAAAGAUAAAGAGCUGAAGGCUUUGAGAGACGAGGUUAGGCGGGGACCGGCACAGGGCUUUCCGACUUUCACGUAUCAGAUUUGA